AUGUCGACCGAAACCACCACUACCAACAACAACAACAACAACAACAUACCAGACACAUCCGCCACAGAGCGCCAUGGCUACCUCUUCGGCCACCCAAUCGCACACUCCAUGUCGCCGCUGCUGCACAAGACCGUGUACGACAGCCUAGGCCUAGACUGGGCACAGUAUCCCCUCGACUCGACAGACAUGUCGCUGUUCCUGCGACUGAUCAAGGACCCGCAAUUCUACGGUGCAUCGGUGACUAUGCCGCAUAAAGUGGCUAUACUGCCGCAUCUCGAUGGCUUGACGGAGGAAGGUCGCGAUGUCGGGGCUGUGAAUACCCUGUUCGUCCAGCAGGACCCUCUGACGGGCAACAGAGUAUACAUGGGCACCAACACCGAUGUGAUUGGCAUUCGCGACGCCUUUGCCUACAACGUCGAUGCGUUCAUGUAUGAGAACAGGCCUGCGCUGGUCAUUGGCGGCGGAGGCGCAGCAAGAAGUGCAGUCUAUGCGUUGCGGAAAUGGAUGAAAGCCAGCGCUAUUUAUCUCGUCAAUAGAGACGCAUCCGAGGUUGAGGCUGUAAUCAGUGAAUGCCAAUCCCGCGGCUACGGCGACUCGCUCGUUCACGUCUCUACUAUCUCACAAGCCCAGCAUCUACCCGGCGUCGGCGCAAUAGUAGCAUGCGUGCCAAACUUUCCGCCUGUUACGCCCCAGGAACUCGAGGCCCGCAACAUCCUUUCUUGUUUCCUGCAAAAGUCGCACAAGGGUGCGCUGCUGGAAAUGUGCUACCACCCUUCGCCUUGGACCGAGAUUGCUGCCAUCGGCAAGAGCGAGGGCUGGCAGGUUGUGCUGGGAACUGAAGCCCUGAUUUACCAGGGACUCGAGCAAGAUCGGUAUUGGACAGGGAAGGAGGUUAGCGAAAUGCCUGUUGAAAAAGUGCGGCACGCGAUUGCGAACAAGCUGAAGGAAGCGAAGCUAUAG